CCGCUUCAGCCCGCGGGUGCGCGGAGCGCGGGAGGAGGCGGAGCGCGAGGCGGGGUGGCCGCGGGCGGGUGUGCGCGCCGGCCCGGCGCCCCCGAGCGCCCUGCCUCGCCUCCAGCGCCCAGCCUCUCCCCGGCUCAGCCACAGACACACACCCACCAAGCACCCGCCACCCUCCGCCCCCGCCGGCCGCCGCCGCCUCUCCGCCCGCAGCCCGAGCGAGCGGCAACUCUCCGGCCCGCGCGGCUCGCCUUCCCGGCUCCUUCCGCGCGGCGAGCUCAGCCCCGCUCGAUUUUUCCUUUUCUAUCCCAGCCCUCUGCUUUCUGGGCGGCGGCGGCGGCAGGGGGAUGGGGGCCCGCGUGGGGAAAGGGGCGAAGAUCGAUGAAGAUUAUUGUUCUUUCUAAGGAUACCUUAGCUUCCUCCCGCCGCCUCUCCGUUGAGCUUUCCUGCCAGAGACCGUGAACAGAGUCAGGGAUGUAAGGAGAGGGGGAAAAACGCCAGGAGCUCCAGCCAGCCGGGGAGACCCUCCUCUCCGUGGAGGGGAGGGGGAUUUCCAGCGACAGAUCAUUGGCGAAGGGGACCGUCGCAGGGAGAGGAGCCCCGGAGGGAGCGGGGAAUCCCACAACCCUUUGUGGUGCCCGAGCCCGUGCCGCCUGCUGAGCGGGGUCUGUGGGAGCUAGUUGUGUCGGUGGACAUGCCUGCCUCAGAGGGAUAUCGCUUCAGCUGACCCUCCCACAGCUCAGACUUUUUGAGGAUCCUGGCUGUGUGGCUUUGCCCGGUUCAAAAUGGCAGAAAAGGCUCCCCCUGGCUUAAACAGGAAGACUUCAAGAUCAACGCUCUCCCUUCCGCCGGAACCUGUGGACAUCAUCAGGAGCAAGACGUGCUCGCGGAGGGUGAAAAUCAACGUGGGGGGCCUCAACCACGAAGUGUUGUGGAGAACGUUGGACCGGCUGCCGCGGACGCGCUUGGGGAAGCUCCGGGACUGCAACACGCACGAGAGCCUCCUGGAGGUGUGCGACGACUACAACCUCAGUGAGAACGAGUAUUUCUUUGACCGGCAUCCGGGGGCCUUCACUUCCAUCUUAAAUUUCUACCGGACGGGGAAACUCCACAUGAUGGAAGAAAUGUGUGCGCUCUCUUUUGGCCAGGAGCUCGAUUACUGGGGUAUUGAUGAGAUCUACCUGGAGUCCUGCUGCCAAGCCAGGUAUCACCAAAAGAAGGAGCAGAUGAACGAAGAACUGAGGCGGGAGGCUGAGACAAUGCGAGAGCGGGAGGGAGAAGAGUUUGACAACACCUGCUGCCCGGAGAAAAGGAAGAAGCUCUGGGACUUGCUGGAGAAACCUAACUCGUCCGUGGCUGCAAAGAUCUUGGCCAUCGUGUCUAUCCUGUUCAUCGUACUCUCCACCAUUGCUCUGUCCCUCAACACUCUUCCAGAGCUGCAGGAAAUGGAUGAAUUUGGACAACCCAACGACAACCCCCAAUUAGCACACGUGGAGGCUGUGUGUAUUGCUUGGUUUACCAUGGAGUACCUUUUACGCUUCCUGUCCUCACCAAAUAAGUGGAAGUUCUUUAAAGGCCCACUAAAUGUCAUUGAUUUGCUGGCCAUCUUGCCAUAUUAUGUCACCAUCUUCCUCACGGAGUCCAACAAGAGUGUGCUGCAGUUCCAGAACGUGAGGCGCGUGGUUCAGAUCUUCCGGAUCAUGCGCAUUCUCAGAAUCCUGAAACUCGCCAGACAUUCCACAGGCCUGCAGUCUCUGGGGUUCACCCUCAGACGGAGUUACAACGAAUUGGGCUUGUUGAUACUAUUUUUGGCCAUGGGGAUAAUGAUAUUUUCCAGCCUGGUGUUUUUUGCUGAGAAAGAUGAAGAUGCUACCAAGUUCACCAGUAUCCCGGCGUCGUUUUGGUGGGCCACCAUCACCAUGACCACCGUAGGCUAUGGUGACAUUUACCCCAAGACAUUAUUGGGGAAAAUCGUGGGAGGCCUCUGCUGUAUUGCCGGGGUCCUGGUUAUUGCCCUUCCCAUCCCAAUCAUCGUGAACAAUUUUUCUGAAUUUUACAAGGAGCAAAAACGCCAGGAGAAGGCGAUUAAAAGGAGAGAGGCUCUUGAGCGGGCCAAGAGGAAUGGCAGCAUCGUUUCUAUGAACUUAAAAGAUGCCUUUGCCCGAAGCAUGGAACUGAUAGACGUGGCCGUGGAGAAGGCCGGAGAGUCGGCCAACACGAAGGACUCGGCUGAUGAUAAUCACCUCUCUCCAAGCCGGUGGAAGUGGGCCAGGAAAGCUCUGUCGGAAACAAGCUCCAACAAAUCUUUCGAGAAUAAGUACCAGGAGGUUAGCCAGAAAGACUCCCACGAGCAGCUGAACAACACUUCUUCCUCCAGCCCCCAGCAUCUGAGUGCCCAGAAACUGGAGAUGCUGUACAACGAAAUCACCAAGACCCAGCCUCACUCUCACCCGAACCCAGACUGCCAAGAACAGCCCGAGAGGCCGUCUGGGUACGAAGAAGAGAUAGAAAUGGAAGAAGUGGUCUGCCCGCAGGAGCAGCUGGCUGUGGCACAGACCGAGGUCAUUGUGGACAUGAAGAGCACCUCCAGCAUAGACAGCUUCACUAGCUGUGCCACCGACUUCACAGAGACGGAGAGGUCGCCCCUGCCGCCACUGUCCGCCUCUCACUUGCAGAUGAAGUUCCCGCCCGACCUCACAGGGACAGAAGAGCACCAAAGAGCCAGGGGGCCCCCAUUUCUCACACUAACCAGAGAGAAAGGGCCUGUGGCCAGGGAUGCCACCCUGGAAUAUGCUCCAGUCGACAUAACUGUGAGCCUGGAUGCCAGCGCUUCCCAAAGCGGGCUCCACGGCCCUUUGCAGUCUGACAGUACCUCCGAGAGCCCUAAGAGUUCGCUGAAAGGCAGCAACCCGCUAAAAGCCAGAUCCCUCAAAGUGAACUUUAAGGAAAACAGAGGCAGUGCCCCACAGACCCCGCCCAGCACUGCCAGGCCACUGCCCGUCACCGCGGCUGACUUUUCCCUCACCACCCCGCAGCUCAUCAGCACCAUCCUGUUAGAAGAGACCCCCUCCCAGGGAGACACACCCUUGCUGGGCACCGAGGUUUCGGCACAUUGUCAGGGACCUUCCAAAGGGCUGACCCCUCGGUUUCCCAAGCAGAAACUCUUUCCUUUCUCGUCGAGAGAGAGGAGGAGCUUCACGGAAAUAGACACUGGCGAAGACGAUGACUUCUUAGAGCUCCAGGGGCCAAGACGGGACAUGCAGGCCGACCCCAGCCCAAACUGCUGUGCAGAUAAACCUAGUGAUGGAAGAGACCCUUUAAGAGAAGAGGCCUGUGUGGGCUCUUCCUCCCCCCAGGACACAAGUCACAACUGUAGGCAAGACAUUUACCAUGCUGUGGCUGAAGUAAAAAAGGACAAUAGUCAAGAAGGGUGCAAGAUGGAAAACCACUUGUUUGCCCCAGAAAUUCAUUCCAACCCAGGAGACACAGGUUAUUGUCCCACACGUGAAACCAGCAUGUGACUAGUUACAAAAGCAAUAAAAAAAAAAAAAAACUUGUUUCUUAAAAAUGAGGUAAUAAUGCCCGUGAACUAAAAAAAUGGGAAGCCCCCCCCAAAAAAGUGCAUAAAAUGUUAUUUUUGCAUGGCAUGAACAGUUUAGUUUAAGUACUGUUUAAAUAAAGAGUCAAGACUGCAUUUUGUAACAAACACAAAAUGACUGAGGAACGGUGAACAAAUAAAGAGAGCUCUAUUAGGAACCAGUAUUCUGCAA